CGGGUUAGUAGACUUGUCAUAUGAAAAAAUGGAAAAUAGCCAAUCACCAGCAAUCUGUUUCCCUUAUUCCAUGUUUGAAUUGGUACCCCACCAAUCCCAUGCAUUAUAUAGAUAACCACCAGACAUGCAAGUGAUUAGUGCGCGCUCUCUCUCUCUCUCUCUGUAAGAUCUGUUUUGUGGGACUGGUUGCUGUUUGUGAAUUUUGUGGUUCUGAAAAUGGGCAGGAAAUGCUCACAUUGUGGGAACAUAGGUCAUAACUCAAGGACUUGCACCACUCAUAAUAAUCAAAAAAUAACUCUUGUUGGUGGUCUUAAACUCUUUGGAGUUCAACUUCAUAUAUCUUCCUCUUCUUCUUCUAUUGCUAUGAAGAAGAGUUCAAGCAUGGAUUGCUUUCCAGCUUCAUCAUCAACACCAUCUUCAUCUUCUUCUUCUACUACAUCUUUGCAGCUCCUUUCCACUGAUGAAAAUUCUGCUAAGAUAGCACCUAACGGGUAUCUCUCUGAAGGGCUUGUCCGGCGAACUCAAGAGAGGAAGAAAGGUGUACCAUGGAGUGAAGAGGAGCACAGGAUAUUCUUAGUAGGGCUGGAAAAGCUUGGGAAAGGAGACUGGAGAGGCAUAUCCAGGAACUUUGUCACCACAAGAACUCCUACCCAAGUUGCCAGCCAUGCCCAGAAGUAUUUUCUCCGACAAAUCUCUCUUCAAAAAAACAAACGCCGUCCUAGCCUAUUCGAUGAGUCACAGAAGACAAAUGGUUGUUAUGUGAUGGAUUUCCACUCUCAUGAAGAACAAGCAAGCAAAGCAAGCCAACCUUCAAUGCCUGUUUGGCUGCAUGGUUCAAUAUUUGAAUCCCAGACAACUGUUGAAAAUCAAGCACCUGAUCUAGAGCUUAAACUUGCAGCCCCAAGGCCGCUGAAUCAACAAAGCAAAUCACCCAGUAGAGGUGCUGGCCUUUUUGCUGGACCAAUCAGUGUGGUCUAGAAAAAAAAAAAAA